GAAUGCAAAAUAUUCGAGCCUAGAGAGACGUUACUCUUCAGCAGCAACCCAUCAUCCCCUUUAUCAGACUGAAGAGUGUGAGUGUGUGUGUGUGUGUGAGAGAGAGAGAGAUCUGAGCAUUCUUGCUGGUUUUCAUGUACCGAUUUUAGCUUGAAUGGCCUUACAUGAACAGAAGAUCGAAGUGCAAACAGGAAAACCAAAAUUCCAUCCAAACGAUUUUGAAUCAAGACGGAAUCUUUAACCAACGGUCUUCUACUAGCUGUAUCAUUCUUCGUUGCAUUCGGUACCCAAUGAUUUCCAGGAGAAAUAGCUUAGACAUGGAACAUUUACGACUAGAAAGUAAGAGUAAAGAUGGAUUCGAGUGUGAAUCGUUCUCAGACUCAACGGCUGAAGCUAGAAGCUCAAGCAGAUCGAGCUCCGACGCGUCGGCGGACGAAGUCAAGUCAAAAGACCGUUCUUCGCAGCCCGCUUUAGGCUGGCCUAUCCGCAAAACCCAUGCUCCUAAAUGCUUAACCUCUGAUGAAUCUGACCCUGAAGGGAAAUCUGCAACAGAGGACUCGAAGCUCGUGAAAAUGGGUUCCAAAAUUUCAGAAAAGGAGAUGAUGGAGAGGUUUGCAAAACUUUUGCUCGGUGAAGAUAUGUCAGGAAGUGGUAAAGGAGUUUGCACUGCUCUGGCCAUUUCAAACGCCAUCACUAAUCUCUACGCUACUGUUUUUGGGCAACUGUGGAGAUUAGAACCCCUGCCCUCUGAAAAGAAAUUGAUGUGGAGAAAAGAAAUGCAAUGGCUUCUCUCUGUUAGUGAUCAUAUUGUUGAGUUAAUACCUUCUUGGCAAACAUUGCCUGAUGGAAACAAGCUUGAGGUUAUGGCUUGUAAACCAAGAUCCGAUCUUUGCAUCAAUCUUCCUGCCCUGCGUAAGCUGGAUAACUUACUCCUUGAGAUCUUGGAUAGUUUCACCAACACCGAAUUCUGGUACGUUGAUCAGGGAGUCGUUGGGGAAGAAGCGAAUGAUGGGUCGGGUUCUUUUCGCAAGAACGAUAGACUAGGAGAGAAAUGGUGGCUGCCCUUGCCUCGUGUCCUAGCCGAGGGACUAACAGAAGAAACGAGGAAGAAAUUGCUUCACAAGCGCGAAAGUGCAAGCCAAAUAUUUAAAGCUGCCAUGUCAAUUAACAGCAUUGCUUUGUCUGAAAUGGAUGUUCCUGAAACAUAUUUGGAAACUCUUCCAAAGAAUGGGAAGUCCUGUUUGGGAGAUUUGAUAUACCGUUAUAUAACUUCGGAGCAAUUCUCUUCGGAUUGCUUGCUCGAUUGUCUUGACCUGUCGAACGAACACUUGGCUCUAGAGAUUGCGAACCGAGUGGAGGCGACUAUUCACGUUUGGCGUAGAAGAACUCAACCGAAGUCCAUUGUCAAUGCGAAUAGAUCGGCUUCCAAGUCAUCUUGGGAAAUGGUUAAGGAUUUUAUGGUUGAUGGAGAUAAAAGAUGUAUGCUUGCAGAAAGAGCUGAAAGCCUCUUGCUUUCGUUGAAGCAACGGUUUCCUUGUCUAACUCAGACAACCUUGGAUGCUAGCAAAAUCCUAUGUAACAAGGAUGUUGGGAAAUCUGUUCUGGAGGGCUACUCGAGAGUGCUAGAAGGCCUAGCGUUUAAUGUGGUUUCAAGAAUUGACGAUCUUCUCUACGUUGACGAGUUAACUAAACAAGUUGAUAAUCCAAGCCCAAAACUUGGCUCAAUUGCCCGGAAAAAGCCUGCCCCCCCGAUUGCAGUGCCAUCGUUGGGCAGCACACCCUACAGAACGGCAUACACCACUCCCUCGAAGUCCCCUCUUCCGUUGAUUAGUCCGGCAAGGCGGGGAGGAGAAAAGACUCCUUUCCUGUGUGGCACUGGCAAUGCGAACAAGCCUCCCCGGCGUGGCCUGGGGGUGAAAAGGGUAUUGUCAAAUUACCUUGGUGGGGAUUCAAAAUCGAAAAAUAUUGCCAAUUCAUUGCUGCAGGGACCAGUUUUGAUUCCCAAUAGAAACAGUGAGUCUUCCUCUGUUUCUAGGGUUAGCACGGAUGAGGACUCUGAGAAUCAAAAACAGCCACCGCUGCCGGUCCUUCCGAAUGGCAGCCAGUCUCAACAUAUGGACAGAUAAGAUCGGGGAUUUUUAAGGUUUGUAUGAGUUCAUUUAAAAGUUGUGUAAAAGUUAACUUAUUUAGGUUAUAUGGUUAACUCUUUGGCUCACAAAAUAUAGUUUUUAUUGAAAGGAGUGGAUUUAAUUGCAUCUUUUAAUUUGUUUUCAUUUAUCAGUGUAUCUCAAGAUUUGGUAAUAUA